GUCAUGGCGGCUGGGCUGUUAGGUUUGACCGCUCGCCGUCUUUGGGCGGCAGCGGCGACGCGAGGGCUCCCGGCCGCCCGCGUCCGCUGGGAAUCCACCUUCUCCAGGACUGUGGCCGCCCCACCCGUUGCGGCGGGAAAGCGGCCCCCGGAACCGACCGUGGAAUGGCAAGAGGACCCAGAAACCGAGGACGAAAACUUUUAUGAGACGAACCCAGACUCCCAUGGUUAUGACAAGGACCCCGUUUUAGACCUCUGGAACAUGCGAAUUGUCUUCUUCUUUGGUGUCUCCAUCGUCCUGGUCCUUGGCAGCACCUUUGUUGCCUAUCUGCCUGACCAGAGGAUGGAGCAAUGGUCCCGCCGCGAAGCUGAGAGGCUUGUGAAAUACCGAGAGGCCAAUGGCCUUCCCAUCUUGGAAUCCAACUGCUUUGACCCCAGCAAGAUCCAGCUACCAGAGGAUGACUAACCAGUUGCUCAGUGGGGCUCAAGAGGCACCGUCUUCCCCACCCCCUGCCUGCCAUUCUGACCUCUUCUCAGAGUAUCUAAAGGGGCUGAUUCAAAGGCCUUGAACCUGAAAUUUAAAAAAAAGGAAAAAUAAAUAAAGAGGCUGAAAGUCUGA